AUGCCGACUCGUCACACAGAGUUGGUGUCACCACAAUGUCCCGGGGGUUCCUGGGGGUAUCUCACGCCGCGAGCUGUGGGGGGCUCUCAAGGUUCAUUCAGCUCGAUGGAGCCCAAACCUCAACCAAUGACCAAAAACAGGCAUCUUGGAGAACAUGGCGGCCUGGGAAGCGGGGACUCUGGGGCUGCAGCUUCCGUAAGGUAUAUAAAUUUUACCCUUCUUUAUUUGAAUUCUCCAUCAUUUAUCAUUCUUUUGCCAUCUGCAGUGUGUGGGACCCCAACCAUGUCAGAGCGAAUAGUGGGAGGAGUGGAUGCUAAAAGAGGGGAGUGGCCUUGGCAGGUGAGCUUGCAGUCGAACGGCAAGCAUUUCUGCGGAGGAUCCCUUAUUACCAACUCCUGGGUGCUGCUGGCUGCUCACUGCUUCGAAUCGACUGACAACGUAUCCCUCUUCACCGCGUAUCUCGGGGCGUUCCAGCUCUCCAACCUCAGCGACCCUAAUGUAGUGUCCGUGGGGGUGAAACAGAUUAUAGUCCACCCUGACUUCAUGUACGAGGGAUCCAGCGGAGACAUUGCCCUGGUGCAGCUGGAGAGACCCGUCCAAUACACCAAGUCCAUCCUCCCCGUGUGCCUCCCGUCUCUGGCUGUCCCGCUUGAGGCUGGGACUCUAUGCUGGGCCACCGGCUGGGGGGACAUUCAUGCCGGAGUUGUUCUUCCGCCUCCGAAGAAACUUCAGAAAGUGGAGGUUGCCGUGAUUGACAGAAACACGUGUGAGUCCAUGUACCAGAGCAGCCUGGGCUACAAUCCCAUGUUCCACCUCAUCCAGGAGGACAUGAUCUGCGCCGGUUACAAGGAGGGCCAAAAGGACGCCUGUCAGGGAGACUCUGGUGGCCCCCUCGUAUGCAAAAUGAAUAACGCCUGGCUUCAGCUUGGAAUCAUUAGCUGGGGCGUGGGGUGCGCCAACCCCAAAAACCCCGGCGUCUACACCCGAGUCCAGUUCUACAACGCGUGGAUAAAGAAAUACGUGCCUUCGAUCAGCUUCAGCGACGGUGGAGUCAUCAGGCCACAAAAUAUUCUUCUCAACACAACAAAGGUGCACCUUCUUCCCGCCUCGGAGCUCAGCAGCAUCUCCUUCCACCAGGAGACCAGAAACUCCUCGUCCAACGCCACCGAACCGAGGGUGGAAAGCCUGUCUACCGAUGGAGCCCACUCCCCCACGCUAUCCACGCUUGGUAUGGCCCUGCUCAUUAUGUGCACGUGGUUAAGCUUCCACUGGUGA